AUGUCACAGCUACCGCAGGGAACAACGACGACGCGUCUUCAGCUAAAGGCAACGACGACACAUCUCCGAUUUCCAUCCGGUAUAGCCUCAUUCGGCCCUUCGCGGUGGCAAGCGACGAUCGGAAACCCAACAGCAGCGACCAAAGGCGACCAUCGGUUCCCGACGACGUACACGAUGUCAGGUCACAGAAAAGACGAAGAAGGAGAUCUCUUGAACCAAUUAAAUCUUGAAUUCUUCUGCAAAUCGAAUCUUGAAAAGGUGGAUGUGAUUUUGGUACUUACAGGCAACAGCAGAAUGAGCGGUUUCCGUCGAUGGUGUGGGUUGCAGUUCUCCGGCUUGCGUGUAGCAAAUGUGACUAUGGAGAAGAGACGUAAAAACCCUAAAAUUGCCACACAUAAUCUAACCUUCUCCGUCGCCGAUACCACUGCAGCUUUGCCCUCUCUUCAUCGUCUUCAUUGUUGCCCUGCUCUAUUCCAAUUAUUAAAACAUGGAAGACGACAAAGAAGAAGCUGGAAAAAUCCUUCCAAGAUACAGGCUGAGGCCAUUCCUCAUGCGCUUGAAGGGAAGGACUUAAUUGGGCUAGCACAAACUGGUUCUGGUAAAACUGGAGCUUUCGCUCUACCGAUUCUUCAAGCCCUGUUGGCCGCCGCGGCGGCGGUUCCACCUGUUCAACACGCCUUCUUUGCCUGCGUGCUUUCUCCCACAAGGGAACUUGCAAUUCAAAUUGCUGAACAAUUUGAGGCCUUGGGGUCAAGCAUUAGCCUAAAGACUGCAGUGCUUGUUGGAGGGGUAGACCAUGUACAACAAAGCAUCGCCCUUGGAAAACGACCACAUAUUGUUGUUGCAACACCUGGACGCCUCGUGGACCAUUUAUCCAACACUAAAGGGUUUUCCCUUCGCACAAUUAAGUACUUGGUUUUGGAUGAAGCAGACAGAUUGCUAAAUGAAGAUUUUGAAAAAUCACUUGAUGAAAUCUUAAAUGCCAUUCCUCGUGAAAGAAGAACAUACUUGUUCUCUGCUACAAUGACUAAGAAGGUGCAAAAGCUACAAAGAGCUUGUCUAAGAAACCCUGUAAAGAUUGAGGCAGCAUCUAAAUACUCUACAGUCGACACAUUGAAGCAACAGUUUCGUUUUGUGCCAGCUAAGCAUAAGGACUGUUAUCUUACAUACAUUUUAAAUGAAAAAUCCGGGAGUACUUCAAUGGUGUUCACACGUACCUGUGAAGCAACGCGUCUUUUGGCUUUAAUGCUUCGUAACCUUAGUUUUCGUGCAAUCCCAAUUUCUGGUCAAAUGACUCAGGCAAAAAGGCUAGGGGCGUUGAAUAAGUUCAAGGCUGGGGAGUGUAAUAUUCUUAUAUGCACUGAUGUGGCGAGUAGAGGGCUUGAUAUUCCUUCAGUUGAUAUGGUUAUAAAUUAUGAUAUUCCUACAAACUCAAAAGAUUAUAUUCAUCGAGUGGGGAGGACAGCACGUGCAGGGAGAUCUGGGGUUGCUAUAUCUUUGGUGAAUCAGUAUGAGCUUGAGUGGUAUAUUCAAAUAGAGAAGCUUAUUGGUAAGAAGCUACCUGAGUUUGAAGCACAAGAAGAGGAGGUUUUGUUAUUCUUGGAACGUGUCACUGAGGCUAAACGCUUAUCCCUCAUGAAUAUUAAGGAAGCGGGAGGGCAUAAGAGGAGGAGGGGAGGUGAAGAGGAGGAGGAUGAGGGGGACAAGUUUCAUGGGAAGAAUAAGAGUAACAAGUCGUCGAACAACAAGUCAAACAAGUCAAACAACAAGAAGUUUAAACGUAGAUAGGUUUGAAUUCGUGUGAGGUUCACAAUUUUGUUAUGAGGAUUGAGGAGGUUUUUUUAUUCAAAGCGGAUUUGGAGGGAAUUUGUAAAUUUUGUUGAAGGUUUUAGUUAAGGAUUUUUAACUUUUGUUUUGGGAAUUUAUGUGAAUCUGACUUUUGGUUUGGCGUGGUUUUCUAUUAAGAACUUGAUGAGACAAUAUGAUAAUCUUUUCUUUGUUCGCUUCUAUUAUUGAAUGAUG